AUGUUUAAGGUUAUCAGUUUUCUAACUCUAGUUGCGGUGUCGUUAGCUUUCGUUUCUGUACCAAAUGAGACUAUUUUGUCAAAACCAAGAUGGGGUCAUAGUGCCGUGCUUUUGAAUGACAAAUUAUAUAUAUAUGGCGGAAAAGUGGGAACGAGUUCGAAAGAUGAUCCUAUGGAUACUAGUCAGAAUUCAAACCAACUUCUUAUCCUCGAUGUAUCAGUACCUUUCUCAAUAAAAGACCCUGCGUGGAAAUUACGUUUGGUAGGCCCCCGAGUUGCUUAUCAUACAAUCAGUUUAGGUGGACUACAAAAUGAACUUUUAGUAUUAUAUGGUGGAGAAUAUAGUGAUGUACCUAUACCAGCGAAUCCAUUAUUUUACUACAAUACUUCGGAGGAAUCUCCUUUAUGGAUUUAUGCAGGUAUACAAGAUAAACAACCUGCGGUCAAUAUAAGAGAACAUACGGUCGUUACAAGAUUCAAUGAUUCAAUGAAUUACUUUUUUGGUGGCAUUAAUACACCUGACCCAAAGAUUUCAGCAAAAUUUCAACUCCGGGAUUUAUUUAAAGUGGAUACUAGGGGAAAUCACUGGAAUAUCAUGAAUGUAGAUAUAAAUACACCGCCAGGAAGAUUUCAUCAUACUGCAACUAUUCUUUCGGAUGGAAAGAUGUAUAUAAUUGGAGGGUAUUCCGUGGACAAAUUAGCAGAUAUGAAUCAAAUUUACGUUUAUGAUACGAUAGUAGAAAAAUGGAGUGUUCAGACUGCAGUUGGUACUUUACCAUCGGCACGCAGAGAUCAUACCGCAGUAGGAACGCAUGACGGUAAAGUGAUUAUACACGGCGGUGUUAACCAAGAUUAUACUAGGAUGUUUGAUGAUAUUGCAAUCUUGGAUACCACCAAACAACCUUAUACUUGGAAAGUUGUUAAGGCAAACGGCGUUAUACCGACAGCAAGAUAUUCCCAUACGGCUACGAUCAUUGGAACCAAUAUGUUGAUUGCAUUUGGUUAUUUGGCAGAUAAUACUGCCGAUAAUAAUAUACACGUCCUUGAUACAAACACGUAUACUUGGAAACAAAGUUACACCCCAGAAAAUUUGGAAUUUACAAAAACGACGCUCCCAAUUUCAAUGCCUUUAAUAUCUAUAGUAACGACACAUGGUGUCGAUGGAGCUAAAUUUUUGUUUAUUUUGUUGAUAGGCGUUGGUUUAUUUUGGUUUUACAACAGACAAAGACGUCGUCGUAUUCUAAUUUUAUAA